AUGUUGCCGUUGAAGUCCCUCGUUGCUAUUGCCUGUGUGCUUUGUGUGCCAGUUGUUGAUGCUCUUAUUCCCAUCCAAGUGAAGGGGAAGAGAUUCUUGCAGCCAAACACUGAUGCCACUGUCCAAGGAAAGGCGUAUUUUGCCACUGGUAUUGACUACUUGAUUGGCGGAGCCUCUGGCUACGAGUCGGACUCUGGUGUUGAUGCGCUCUCGGACCCAGAGACGUGCUACAGAGACGCAUAUGUCUUUCAACAGUUGGGUAUCAAUACCGUCAGAAUCUAUUCGCUCAAUCCAGAUUUGGAUCACGACGAGUGUAUGACCAUAUUGAACAACGCUGGUAUCUACGUGUUGCUCGACGUGAACUCUGGUGAAUACGGCCAGCAUUUGAACAGGGCGGAACCAUGGUCCACUUAUAAUGCCCAGUACUUGACACAUGUGUUCACCUUCAUCGAGGCGUUCAAGAACUAUCCGAACGUGUUGGGCUUCUUUAGUGGUAACGAGAUCAUUAACGAUCAGAACGACUAUGCAAGCAUCACACCGAAGUAUGUUAGAGCCGUCCAAAGAGAUAUGAAGCAGUACAUUGCCAAACACUCAAACAGAACCAUCCCAGUCGGUUACUCCGCCGCGGAUGGUGUGGACUUGAGAAGAGCAACCCUUGAGUACAUGCAGUGUCACAUCGACGGUGAUGACGAUGACAUGUCAAGAUCUGAUUUCUUCGGGUUGAACUCUUAUGAAUGGUGUUCUGGUCAAUCCGAUUGGCAAACUUCUGGUUAUGAGAAGUUGAACUCUACAUUGGCAAACACCACAAUCCCACUGAUCUUUUCAGAAUUUGGCUGUAAUACACACAGCCCAAGAACCUUUGAUGAGAUCGGUGAUGGUCUUUUUGGUGGCUUGGUCAACACAUUCUCGGGUGGAUUGGUGUACGAGUACUCACAAGAAGCGUCCGAUUACGGUGUUGUUGAAGUCAGCUCUAACGGUGAUAUCAGUUAUUUGGAAGACUUCCCAUACUUGCAAGAGCAAUACCAAAACGCCACAAUCCCAACCAUCUAUGAGGAUGAUAUUGAAGAUACCGAGGCACCAGAGUGUGAUGCGGAUAGAAUCACCGCCAUCUAUUCUGAUUUCGGUGCAGAUUUCGAUUUACCAGAACUUGAUGAGAUCAAGCAGUUGAUCGAGUACGGUGUCAACGCCUCUAGAGUUGGCGAGAUAUUGUCGGAUGUCAGUGCACGCUCCUCCAACUAUACCAUAUACAAUACUGGGAGUGCUGUCGUUGACGAUGCCACCGUUACCUUCUCAAGUGAAUACGAAGUGAACACUCAAUCAGGUGUAACCACUGCCACUUCAAAGGCACAACCUACGUCUACGGCCACAGCCUCAAGUGCUGCUUCAUCCAGCUCCUCAAAGGAUGCAGCCAUUUCCUUACCAAUACCAGGCACUACACUAUCAGUGUUAUUCUUUACUCUGAUUUCUUAUAUCAUUUGA